CUGCAGCUGUUUCCCCUUGUGACUUGUCAGGUUGGUUCCGACUGCUAUUCCCAGAUGGAACAGAGUUUUUACAAGGAUGGAGAUAUUGAGAUUGCUGCUUUUUUGCACAUUUACACAUAUGAGGUUCCCAGAACCAUGAUGAGGUUCAGCAAAUAUCAAAGAUUCAGAUGGUUUCAGUCCAAAAACUACCAGUAUGCUCUGGCCUUGGUUUUCGCUAUUGAGGAGAUCAACAAAAACCCCCAUCUUUUACCCAACAUGACCUUGGGAUUUGGUCUCCAUAAUGUCAUGCACAGUCAUAUAACUGUGAUGGAGAACCCCUUCAUCUGGCUUGCGGGACUGGAAAAGCACAUUCCUAAUUACACAUGUAGGAAACAGAGCAAGUCUGUUGCUGUAAUAUCAGAAAGCAGCACUGCUGUCCAAAUGGGGACACUGCUGGAACUCUACAAAAUUCCACAGCUGACUCUUGGGCCUUUUGAACCUCUUCUGAGUGACAGUGGUCACUUUCCUUCCCUCUAUCAGAUGGCCCCCAAAGACACUUCUCUGGCCCGUGGCAUGGUCUCCUUGAUGCUCCACUUUGGGUGGACCUGGGUGGGUUUGGCCAUCUCAGACCUCCCAAAAGGUAUUAAGUUUAUGACUGAUUUGAAAGUAGAGUUGCAGAAGAAUGGGAUCUGUGUAGACUUUGUGGAAUUGAUCCCAGCCACUGUAGAGGCACUUUCUUCAUUCCAAAGUACGUUUAAUAUACAGAUCCUAAAAUCAUCAGCAAAUGUGGUGAUUCUUUUCUGUGUCACUGAGUCACUCAUAGGCACCAGCUUUCAUUCAUGGAGGGAGUUAAUGAUGUGGAAAGUCUGGGUCACCACUUCACAAUGGGAUUUUGCCAGUUCUGAGGAACCUUUCCUGUUCCACUCAUUCCAUGGGACCCUCAUUUUUUCAGACCACCAUAGUGAGAUCUCUGGUUUCAAAAACUUUCUUCGCACAGCUAACCCUUCCAAGUACCCAGAAGACUCUUACCUCUCCAGAUUCUGGUCGCUGGCUUUUAAUUGCUCAGUUACUGGGGCAUCCUGUAAAACUUUGCAGAACUGUCCACUGAAUGCUUCCUUGGAAUCAUUGCCUCCGCAUCAUUUUGAUAUGACCAUGAGUGAUGGGAGUUACAACAUAUACAAUGCUGUGUAUGCUGUGGCCCACAGUAUACAUGAGAUGCUUCUACAAGAGGUAGAAAUGCAGCCAGUGAACAAUGGGGCAAAGGUGGCAUUUUCUCCCUGGCAGUUGCACCCAUUUCUGAAGAAUCUCCAAUUUACCAAUCCAGCUGGUGACCUAGUAAAUUUGAAUCAGAAGAGAAAUUUGGAAGCUGAAUAUGACAUUCUCAUCUUUUGGAAUUUUCCAUAUGGUUUUGGACGUAAGGUUAAAGUAGGACGGUUUUCCCCAUACGUUUCACAGAGUGAACAGUUGUCUCUCUCUGAGAAUUUGAUAGAGUGGGCCACAGGAAUUACAGAGAUUCCACACUCAGUAUGCAGUGUGAGUUGCAGCCCUGGAUUCAGGAAAACCCCUCUGGAGGGAAAGCCUGCCUGUUGUUUUGAUUGCACACCUUGUCCUGGGAAUGAGAUUUCCAAUCAGACAGGUAAAUAUAUGGACCAGUGUGUGAAGUGUCCAGAUCUUCAGUAUGCCAACACAGAGCGAGACCAGUGCUUCCACAAAAAAGUGACCUUUCUGUCUUUUGAAGAUCCCCUGGGGAUGACCCUGGUCUGCACAGCUCUGUGCUUUUCUAUCCUCACAGUUGUUUUUCUUGGGGUCUUUGUGAAGCACCGAGACACUCCCAUAGUCAAGGCCAACAAUCGUUGUCUCAGCUAUAUCCUGCUCAUUGCCCUCACCUUUUGCUUCCUCUGCUCCUUACUUUUCAUUGGUCAUCCCAACACAACCACCUGUGUCCUCCAGCAGACCACGUUUGGAGUGGCAUUCACUGCAGCUGUUUCCACCAUCCUGGCCAAGACUAUCACUGUGCUUCUGGCCUUCAAGGUCACUGCCCCAGGGAGAAGGAUGAGACACUGGCUGCUAUCAGGGGUACCUAAUUCCAUUAUUCCCAUCUGCUCCCUGAUCCAACUGGCUCUCUGUGCCAUCUGGCUUGGGACUUCUCCUCCCUUUAUUGACACAGAUGCACACUCUGAGCAUGGCCACAUCAUCCUGGUGUGCAACAAGGGCUCAGUCACUGCUUUCUACUGUGUCCUGGGCUACCUGGGUUCCUUGGCCUUGGCAAGCUUCACUGUGGCUUUCCUAGCCAGGAAUCUGCCUGACACCUUCAAUGAAGCCAAAUUCCUGACGUUCAGCAUGCUGGUGUUCUGCAGUGUCUGGGUGACCUUCUUGCCUGUCUACCACAGCACCAAGGGGAAGGUCAUGGUGGCUGUGGAGGUCUUCUCCAUCUUGUGCUCCAGUGCGGGGCUCCUGUGCUGCAUCUUUGUCCCCAAGUGCUACAUUAUUCUCUUGAGACCUGAGAAGAAUGCUUUGAAAGGAUUCAGGGAUAGAAUAGUUUCCAAGGAAACAGAUGUUCUGAAGAAUAGCUCUUAAGUCUCUCGCAGUUUUCAAUGGUUAGAAACUAAGAUUUAUAAAACCGAUUUUGCAUUGUGAUGUUAUAAAAAAAUUACACAGUGUAACCAUAUUAUGAAUGUUUUAUGUUUCUCUUAAAAUGUAUUUGUUCUGAAGCACCAACUCAUAGAAAAGAAAGGGAGAGUAGGAAAAGCUUUCCAUCUGGUGAUAGACGCUGAAGAUAUCUGCUGUGGCCCAGUGCUGGUUCUUGCCAAACCAAGAUUAUUUCAGUUGUCCAUUUGAGUGUCAGCAUCUUAUGCUAUCUUCUACUGCUUUUUUUUUGGAUCAUUAACGGGUAGUAGUAUUCCAAGUGGGACAGCCAGGAUAUGAACUGGCACCCACAUGGGAUGUCAUAGUUACAAGUGGUGGUUAUAUCCACUACACACUCACACUGGUCCCAA